CGGAUGUCCUUCGCUUUUCCUCUCUGUGCAGGUUAAACAUGGCUGCGCUCUUAAGAUCAGCCCGGUUCCUUAAAUGUUCACCGGUGGCGUUGCUUCAGGCCUUUGGAAACGGCAGACAUGUACCGGCAGCUGGUCGUCUUUACAGUGGAGCGGUCGGGGCUACUCGUGCAGGGUUAUGUGUCCAUAAAGUCCCGGGACGCUUAAACGUAAACAGUUUGCUCUCAUUCAGAUCAGUCUUGCCCUGUGUGAGCUGUCAUCAGUAUAGUGUUGUCCCGGAGCAGAGGCAGCUGGUAAAGGAUGAGCCCAGUGUGGCAGUCCGCACCAAGCAGGCUCCUUUUGACUGGGCUCUGGCCAAACUGGACAGCUCAAUCCGAAGGACAGGCCGGGUCACCAAAACACUGCUGCUGCGCAUCUUCCAUGAUGUCUGCAGAACAGGAUGUCCAAACGGAAAUCAAGCUCUGUUAUUGCUGAGAAGCUGUGGCUCUCUGCUUCCUGAGGUUCCCUUGGCGGAGCGCAUAGAGCUGUCACAACGGAUCUGGGAUGAGCUUCAAGCACUGGGCGCCCCCUAUGAUGUGAGCCAUUACAAUGCCCUGCUUAAGGCGUAUCUGCAGAAUCAGUUCAGAUUCUCUCCAACCGACUUUCUUGCUAAAAUGGAAGCUGCUAAUGUUCAGCCGAACAGGGUGACUUAUCAGAGACUAAUCGCAGCCUAUUGUGAAGUCGGGGACAUUGAAGGUGCAAGUACGAUCCUGGGCUUUAUGAAGAGCAAAGAUCUCCCCAUAACGGAAGCUGUGUUCAACUCGCUAGUGACAGGCCAUGCCCGUGCAGGGGACAUGGACAGCGCUGAAGGCAUCCUGUCAGUCAUGAAAGGUGCAAGGAUUGAGCCGGGCCCAGAGACGUACCUGUCUCUUUUAAAAGCGUAUGCUGAGAAAGGCGAUAUUGAUAAAAUUAAGCAGACUCUAGAGACAGUGGAGAAUGCAGAUAUCCUUCUGAUCGACAGAGAUUUGAUGCAGGUGGUUUUCAGUCUGACUAAGGCCGGCCAUCAGCAGUAUGUGCCUGAGAUUGUGGAUAGGAUGCGUCACGAUAGAGGAUAUGUGCCAGAUGCUAUGAACCUCUGCUUGAGUCUGAUUACUCACGGACAUGAAGACACAGCGUUUUAUGUGCUGAAGAGCUUCACCAACCUGCUGUCAGAGUCACAGACCGGUGACUCUCCAAACUUGGGAAACUUCUUUCUUCGCCACUGCGUCAGUAUGGACAAGUCUGUGGAAAGCAUAGUUGGGUUUUGCAAAGAUCUAAAAGAUUCAGGUCUGCACUCAUCGCCACUGCAGUACACCCUUCAGUGUGCCCUGGAAGAUAAAAAUACCGGUAUGGCUGUUGAGCUCAUGAGAAGGAUGAAGGAGGAGGGAUUGCCUCUCAGACCUCACUACUUCUGGCCCAUCUUCACUCAUUACCAGAAAGAGAAAAACAUUCCCGGUGUUCUGCAAGUUCUGAGAGCCAUGCAAGAAUUGUCUUCUUCGUCAGACGUUGAUACUUUUAGCAUCUACAUCCUGCCGUCUUUCCCAUCAGCGGACAGUGCCCGCACCUCUCUGAAGAAUGCCGGUAUUGACGUGGAUCCCAAUAUUUUGACUAUGGCAGAAAUACGAACGGAAACCUCACGUGGAAACCUCGCAGAGCUGUUCUCUCUGAUGUCUUCAUCUGCUGUUCCAUACAUUGACCUCAGUGUAUUCAGAGGCACCCUGAUCUCUGCAUUCAGAAGGUUUGAGGAUGUGGAGUGUAUGACGAAGAUUACAGAACUUCUCUUUAAAGACCCUCGGUUCAGUAAUGCUGACCAUAAAAAUUCAGAAAAUGUGGCCUACUUCCUUUACAGCCUGAUUAAUUCCAUGACUGAGACAGAGGUGCGGUCCAAAGAAGAGGAGAUUAGAGAGUACUUCGGCCUGCUUAAAAACAUGAAUAUCAUCAUCUCACUUGAACAUCUUUAGAGGAUCAAGAACCUACUGGAGUCCUACAAAGUUCCAGGCCUUUUGAAGGAUGUCUCUGCUCUUACGGAGAAAAAUUUGGAUGCUGGGUUGGAUACUAAUGCAACACAGCACAAAGUAUUUGGUUUUGAGGGGAAACUUUCAUUACUGGAGAAGACCCUGGCAGAGCAGAAAGCUGAGGGCAUACCAGUCAGUUCCACCCUCAAAAAAGUCAUCUCUGCCCUGUGUUUCGAGGAGAAACUGGAGGAAGCUCUGGAGCUUAAAACUCAGUAUGAAGCGGAUAUGACUCCUGCCUCAUAUGCCAUGCUCAUCAACCUGUGCUGCCGUCAUGACAAUGCUGAAGAAGCCCUCAAGCUAAAGAUGGAAUUGGCUCGCAGGGACUCUGAGGUCGCGCUGGAUGCUUACAAGUAUGUGGCCUUGGUCCAAGUGCUAUCCAAGCACGGCAAGCUGGAAGACGCGAUAGACAUGCUGAAGGAGAUGAAGGAGAAGAAUGUGCAGUUAAGGGAGAACACGAUCAGUUUGCUCGGCCAAACGAUAAACAAGGCUGCAUUGAAAGGAGAUGCCAACACUAUUCGACGCCUCCAGGAGACAAUCUUCUCUUUGGGCCUGGCCAAACCAUCCAGUGUCCUCUGCUCACCCCUCAUCAGUUGCUAUCUGGAGAGUGGGAACUAUGAGGGUGCAUUUGAUGCCACUGUGGAGGUCCAUAAACAAUACAACCAGAUGCCCAAAAUCCAUGACCUCAUCUGUGUCCUGGUGGAAAAAGGAGAUGCCGAGCUAUUACAGAAAGUCAUGGAGUUUUUAAGUCGGGAGCGAGGCGAGAUGAUGAUGCUCUACGACCUUUUCUUUGCGUUCCUGCAAACGGGCCGCUACAAGGAGGCACGCAAAAUCAUCGAGACUUCUGGUCUAAGAGCACGCCCGACCCGUCUGCAGUGGUAUGCAGAGAAAUGCAUUGCAGCCCAGCAGAUGGAGCCCCUCGAGAACAUGGUGGACAUGACUCUCAAGUUGUUUGAGUGUGACAGAGAUGACUUGUACUACUAUUUGUUACGCCUCUGCAAGAAAACUAAUAACUGGCAAAAGGCUGAGGCAACUUGGAUAAAAAUGCAGGAGGAAAAUUUGGCUCCAAGAGAGAGGACCCUGCGUUUGCUUGCUGAUAUCUUUAAAAACAAUAACAAGGAGGUGCCUUUCGUGGUGCCUGAGGUGUGGUUUGAAGAGGAUAAAAGUGAGCCUGAGAUGUUUUUGGAGAAAGAAAUGGUUCAGACUUCCUCUCGUAUAGUUGCUUCACCCCUUAAAGGGGCCACAGUUGAUGACUACAGACUUAAAAUCCUGUCUCUUUGCAAGAAGAACAAAGUUCAAGAGGCCUAUGACGUCCUGAAGAGUGCAGAUAAAAUGGGCAUAGUCUUCAGCCCUGAUCCAUAUGAUAGCCUCAUCAAAGGCCUCCUAGCCAAAGGCAACAUUGAGGAUGCUAUGACCGUCAAGAACAUUGCCAACGAACAUAUUCCUAAAUUCAGAUUUAGUGACACUGCCAUCAACCUUUUCAUCAUCUCUCAGGUGAAGAGAUGCCAGAUGAAAGACGCCAUAGAGACUUUAAAGGGCAUGUUACAAGCUGACCAGCUGCCCACUCAGCUGGCCCUCACUCGACUGGUCCAGGGUCUCGCAAGUGAAGGGAACACACAAGGCAUCCUGGAAGUGGAGGCCUUGAUGAAGACUGUUGGCUUAUUCAACCUGUCCAAAAUGUUAUUUGUCAAUAAUACCGCUCUCUCUCAUAUUAAAAAUGAUGACGUUGACAGUGCGGUGGAGCUGUUGGAGUCCUUUUACACCCAGAACACAGAGAGUGAGAAAUCCAGUAUUUAUUAUGUCUACCGCAAAGUCAUAGAGGCCAACAACGAUGCUGCCCUAGACAAAUUGAGUGCCAUGGCGGAAAGGCUCUGCAAUCACUUUGCCUCCUACAGAGCCGCUACAGACCUUUUCCUGAUUUACUUGGACACGGGCAGGACAGAAGAGGCCAAGUUCCUCCUGCAGCGCUGUGCGGCCAUCAGCGAGCAGAAGAACGCGUUGUUCACGUUCAUGUUCCGAGCGGCCCGGCAGCAGGGACAGGCUGCUAAAAUCCUAGCUCUGUCUGAGAUGAUCCCUGACUUCACAGAGAAGGAGAAUAUCUACAUACAUUUGGUGAAAUGCUAUGGUUUAGAGAAGGACUUCAGUUCAGCGAAGGCUCUGUAUGAGCGCAUGCAGUCUGAGGGGGUGAAGGCUGAUGAGUUGACUCUCAAGAGACUGGCACUAAUAUACAAGGAAGCUGGAGAAACCCCUCCCUUCGAAGAGCCUCCGGAGUCUUUUCAUUUCUACGCGAAGAAACUGAAGAACCAGCAAACUGAGAUCAACGAGUCGGUCGACAAUUAAAAACAACCUCAGCUUUUUAUAUAUAUAUACAUUCAAAAGAUGUGCACAGCUUGUGUUAUACUGCGACUCUCUCUCUCUCUCUCUCUCUCUCUCUCUCUCUCUCUCUCUCUCUCUUCAUAGUGAUGUGAUUAUUUUUUGUUUUUUUUUGCCCUUCAUAAUGCUGUCAUGAUAUGGUUAAAGUGUACAUAUAUACAAAUAAAUGUAAACCCAAAACUUUAGUGGCUUUUUUUUAUAAUUUAUUUUGGACAUUUUCUUUCCCGAGGUGAUUGUCACGUGAGUGACGUUGUAUGAAAACGCACAUUAUGACUUCUGAAAAUGCAAGUAUGUUCACAGAAGGCGCAAUAAUACACAUGGGGGGAUAUUCCCGAUAUGAUCAUACGGUCAAUUUAUGCUUGGUUAUGUAGUAAUGCAUACUAUAUAAUAAACAUCUCGUUGGAUUCAUCGUG